AUGCGUUUCUCAUUUGCAUUAUGUUCUCUUCUUGUUGGAAUUAUCUCAGCUACACCCAUUCCACAAACUACUGUCCCGGCCCCUGCUGCUCAAGCUCUAGCUCAAGGAACUGAAGUGGUAGUUAUUUCGACUGAUGGCGAUUCCAAGGGUGAAAAAGUGACAAUAGAAUUUAAUGCUCAAGAAAUAACUGCAGAGUUCCAACCUGCUGCAGAAACUGAUCCUGAUCCAGCUGCGCUCUUUGCACAAUUAUGGAAAUUACGUAGACCAAAUGAUGAUGAACAUAUGGAUGAUGCAAAAUAUGAAGCAUAUGAAAAGAAAACAGCUGAAGAACCUGAUCAACUUGGUAAUAUUGAUGUUUAA